AAAAUCCUCCCUAUCAUCAUUUUUAUCUUUUUGCGCUUAAUAACUAUUCUAUCUUUUCUUGGUCUCUUCCAAUCACUCAAUCGUUAUAUCGUCAUUUGUUCAGCGUCUUCACGCUGCUGAACACCACUUAGAAAUUGCCGAAACUGGAUCGCCAUACUUCUAUUCCCAAUGGGCAACAGCCAAGGCAAGCCCGUUGACCUCAACGGCGAAGUAAACCUAAACCAUUUUCGAUUAUUACGAGUCGUCGGUCGAGGUGCUUUCGGAAAAGUACGAAUAGUCGAGAGGAAAGACACGAACUUGUCGUUUGCCUUGAAAUACAUUCGAAAAGAUGAGGUCGUACGGUCCGAAAGUGUUCGAAAUAUUAUACGAGAACGACGCAUGCUUGAACAUGUGAACCAUCCGUUUAUCUGUAACUUGCGAUAUAGCUUCCAAGAUAUCGAGUAUAUGUACCUUGUGGUCGAUUUAAUGAGCGGAGGCGAUCUACGUUUCCACAUUUCGAGGAAGACCUUCACCGAAGACGCUGUACGGUUCUGGAUUGCUGAAUUGGGUUGUGCCCUCAGAUACGUGCAUGGGCAAGGUAUAAUACAUCGAGACGUCAAACCGGACAACGUGUUGCUAGAUGCUGAUGGUCAUGUCCAUUUGACCGAUUUCAACGUUGCGUCUGACGUGGUGCCUGGGAAGCUUCUCACUAGUAAAUCGGGAACUCUUGCCUAUCUUGCCCCCGAAGUCUAUGCAGGCAAGGGCUACGAUGUGAGAGCUGAUUGGUGGUCCUUGGGCGUGCUAUUCUAUGAAUGCAUAUACAAUAAGCGGCCUUUUGAAGGCAAUUCGGAAUCCACCCUGACAAACGUCAUUCUCGCUGCCAAUCCGAAAUUUCCUGUCACCCAACCACCGGUGUCGUUGCCGUGUCUAUAUGCUAUCGGUUCUGCCUUGAACCCGAAUACUGAUAAGAGGCUUGGUAGCACUUGGGAAAGCUUCACAGACGAACCUUUCUUCCAGGCCAUUGACUUCCCCGCAUUGGAACGAAAGGAAUUAGAACCUAUUUUUGUUCCAUCGGCAGACAAGACCAAUUUCGACGCCACCUACGAUCUCGAAGAACUGUUGCUAGAGGAGGCACCGCUGGAGGCUAGGGCGCGGAGACAGAAGCCUAGGGAGAAGCUAAAGGAUGAUGCCACAGAAAAAGAGAUUCGAGAAGAGGAAUUAUAUCGUACCAUCGAACGAGAUUUCCAACCGUUUGAUUAUACCGUAGCAGCAUACAAGAAGAUUACGGGAAUGAAAGAAGGUUCAGGUGAACAUGAUUCAGCGCCCGGUCCAUCUCACGAAGAGCCCCAGGCUAUCAGCACCAACGAGGCCAAACCGGCCCCAAUCAACAAUGGGGUUGCACAGGCACAGCAUCACUCUUCGCCCACACAGGACGGCUCGCAUGCGAAUAGAAACUUUUCGAACAACAGCCGUGUACCUAAGGCCCCGUCACGAGCACCACCACCGCCGCUACCUUCGUACCACCGCGCAUAUACUAAGAGCAUAUCGAGUACAUCAGGCAUACAAGUCAAGUCCCCGACCGGUGGAAUCUCGGUAACACUUGAAGAUACGGGAAGCUGGUCAGAUUUAGCGCGAAGGGAUGCUACAUUGCCGACCGAUGCUAGCACUGUAAAUGACGAUAAGGCUUCUAGUGGAGGUGGCGGUGUCUUCGGCAUUUUUGGCAGAAAGAAAAGGGGCCAUAGUCCGAAGCCAAAAGAGAGGGGUGUGCUCGGCAAAGAAGGAGCACGACAGGUUGUCGGUUGAUUUUCCCGGCCACAGGCAUAAUUAUUAUUUCAGCUUUUUGGGCAUUGGGAAUCGGUUAACGAGGAUUUCGUGGAUUUAUCCGCAUAUUAUACCCUCAUCCAUCACAGAGAAAUCCCCUAUAACAUUCACGAGUCAAAACUAAACUCUGGUGGCUUCGAAGCCAGUUCGAAUCUCCAUUACUGGAAGAUUGAAUUUGACUCAU